AUGGCGUCCGACAGUGCCGCCAGUCGCUCGCAGCAGCUCGCCGUGUUUUCCUCAUCCGCGGAAGCCGCCGCAGUGGACAUUGCGCCUCCCGCCUCCGGGCUUGCCUCGUCACCUCCCGCCGCCAUUGUCGUCGCGGCGCCAACUGCCGCUCAACCGCCGCUAUCCGAAAUACAGGUGCCGGAGGAGGACGAGCGGCUCGAGCCGUGGCUAACGCACGUGUCCGUGCUCGUGCAUCUCGCCACCUUCGCCAUCAUCGGGGUGCUGAUACGGUACGGGCUGGAGGUGCUGUUUGGGCCCGAGAUGGCGCACGUGACGGACGACGAGCAGACGGUCUUCAUCGACCUGCCCGCUAACAUCGCGGGCAGUUUCAUAAUGGGAGUGGUGGGCGUGGCGGCGAAGCGGCACAUAGCGGCGUAUUCGGAGCACCUGGCGAUCGGGCUGGCGACGGGGCUGUGCGGGUGCAUCACCACCUUCGCGUCGUGGAACCAGCGCAUGCUCGCCAUCCUCGCGCAGGGCCUCUGGGUGCGCGCGCUCGCCGGCUACAUCGUCGGAGCGGCGCUGCCGUUCGUGUCGCUGAUGGCGGGGAUCGACUUGGCGGACGGCAUCAAGUGGCAGAUCAAGCGCGCCAACGACCGCCGCACUGCGCGCGGCAAGCCGCCCCUGCGUGCACCACGUGCGGACCACUUUGACCGGCGGUGGGCGUCCCUCCUCCUGUUCUUCUGCCUCUCCGUCUUUCUCGUCACGGCCGCCGCCAUCGGCACCGCGCUCGACGACUGGUCGUCCAAGACGAGGCGCCUGUGGUAUGCGUGUGUGGUGGCGGCGCCGGGUGCGUGGCUGCGCUGGUACCUGUCGUGGUUGAAUGGCGGGGCGGUGGGCAAGGGGCGGUGGUGGCAGUGGGUGCCCGUGGGCACCGUGGCUGCCAAUGUCAGUGCGUCCGUGCUCGAGGCUGCUCUAUCCACCGUCGUGCUCGCUUACAACAGCGACGUGAGUGUGCUGGCAGUGGGUGCCCUACAGCUGGGGUUUCUGGGGUCACUGAGCACCGUGUCAACGCUCAUGGUGGAGGUGCUUGCGCUGCACAAGGCCAAGACCGGCCGCUGCUGGCGCCCCUACUUCUACCUCUACUGCAUCACCAUCCUCCCCUCCUUCCUCAGCGGCGUGCUCGUCUACUGCGUGCCUGUGUGGGCCCUCAACUACACUUCCAAAUACAACCAUUUGUAA